AUGCCUUCUGCUUGGAGCAGUCAGUCAAGCGUCAAGCAUGAUGCUUCGAUUGGAGAUGACAACGAGCAAAUCUCCAAGGGAGAUGAGGAUCCCCAGAUGAGUUUGUUUCAUCAAGUGUCGGAAUGGCUGCAGCAUGAGAAGGUCAGACGCAAGAACCGCAAGGCUCGUCGAGCUGAGGCCUCUGGUGCCACGGACGCUGCUCGUGAGUGCGAAGAUUUUUCGAUAGAUGAAGCUCCCAUUUGCUCAGAGAGCACCUUCUCUCUCGACAAGCUAGAGAAGAUUCUUCUUCAGUAUUCGGGUGCGCGUACCGGGGACGCUCUUUUGUCUCUUCAGCCUAUCAAGCGAGCAGUCCGUCGGCGUCCUAAGGGCCUGCGUCGUGGAUCUGCCUCAGAGUCUGAUGUUACCGACAUUGAGGCUCCUGUACCCAGCGUAGAAGCUGUUCUUGACAACUCAAAGACCCUCGCAUACACGGGUGGUGCCGCAGAGGAGGAGAGCAAUGAGAGCAGUACCUGCUCAAAACGUCUGAAAGACCAGGAAGCUUGGUUAACAUUCAAGACGGAGAUUGUGCGUAUUGCGCACACCAUGCAGCUCCGGGGUUGGCGCAAAGUACCAAUGGAGGCUGCUGGCGAUAUUAGGGUCAUUCGCCUCAGCGUUGAUCACUUGAUUGACCGAGAGAAGGAAUUGCAGAUUCUGCGCCGUUUGGGCCGUAAGAACAUUGGACCCCGCGUCUUGGGUACCUUCCGCAACGGCCGAUUCGAAGAAUUCUUCGAGGCUCGUCCGCUCACACCUCGAGAACUUCGGCUUCCCGAAACAGCCAAACAAAUUGCUAAGCGGAUGCGAGAGCUUCACGAUGGCAUUGAGCUUCUGGAAGAGGAACGCGAGGGCGGUCCUGUGAUUUUCAAGAAUUGGGAUAAGUGGGUGGAUCGCUGUGAACAAGUGACCACAUGGUUAGACAAGGAGCUCAAGUCCCCGCAGAACGAGGAAAAUGCGACUGCAGAGCCUUGGCGCCGGCGAGGUUAUGUUUGUGGUGUGCCUUGGGAGAUUUUCCGGAAAGCAGUGGACAAUUACCGGGUGUGGCUGAUUGCCAGCUGCGGCGGCAUCGGUGAGAUCAAGCGGCAGCUUGUGUUUGCGCACAAUGAUACUCAAUACGGCAAUCUUCUCCGCAUGGAACCUGCUACGCAGUCCCCACUCCUCUUGCCUGCCAAUGAGCACAAGCAACUUGUUGUCAUUGACUUUGAAUACUCAUCGGCCAAUACACCUGGUCUAGAGUUUGCUAAUCACUUUACUGAGUGGUGCUACAACUACCAUGACGAAGAAAUUCCAUGGGCUUGCAACAACCGUCUCUAUCCCACGCCAGAGGAGCAGCAUCGAUUCGUAGCCAACUAUCUUACUCACCGUCCCGCCAUUCCAGGGGCUCCUACUUCGCCCUUGGCUACCCCCUCCGCUACUCCCUCCAUGCGCGGCGGUCGUUCAACCACCGCUAUUACCCCCUUGAACCUUGACGACGGCCACGAAGGCCCUCUUGGACAGCAGCUAGAGGUUUCUGGGGAGGACGAGCUUGAGAAUCAGGUGAGAUACCUCAUGCACCAGACCCGCUUGUGGCGUGUUAUGAACUCUGCACAGUGGGUAGCAUGGGGUAUCGUGCAGGCUAAGGUUCCAGGCAUGGACGAAGGCAUUGCUGAGAUGGCAGCUGCAUCUGGAAAAGGCUCGUCAGAGCACGAGAAGCAUUCAAGUGGCCUUGGCGAGCACAAGUCUCCACCGGUUGACCCUGAUGUCGAUGAGGAAGAGGAAGCUUUUGAUUACUUGGCUUAUUCCCAGGACCGGGCCAUGUUCUUCUGGUCUGACCUCCUGGCUCUGGGCCUGGUUAAUGCAGAUGAUCUGCCUGCGCCGAUGCUUGAACAUAUUCGCGCGCGGGCUGUUGAUUAUUGA